AUGCUGUAACAGUUCUGCAUUUUAAGUGUUCAGCACUGCCACGCCGUUUCAUGUUUUGACUGCUGAGGAUUUUAUAUGAUUUUAUUGAAUGGCAUUGUAUAGGAAGUGUCGUCUCAAGACCUUACAUUUUCACUUUAUAUAACAAGACAGGGACAGAAACCGCAUCCAGAAUGUCGUCCACAUUUCCUAUAAUUGUCGCCCCGCCUCUCAAGCGCGCCCUGCGUCCAUGGGGUCCAAUAACAGAGCGUCUAGGCAACCGGACGUGACGCAACGUUUAGAGUGGACGAAUGGGCGGGGUCUUGCCAUACUCGAACGACCCGCCUACCGAGACGGCACAGCGUCCGAUGGAUCCGGUCCCCGUGUGAUUGUGGGCUUUACACGCAGGAACUCACCGUGACCUGUAGAACUAGUUGGCGGCAACAUGAGUUCCGAGUUGUAUAUGGAGUGUGAGGAGGAGGAGCUGGAGCCAUGGCAACGCGAGGUCAUGGAGGAGGACGAGGAGGAGGAGAUGGAUGUAGUUUGUCAAGUCAAACAGGAGGAGGAGUUUGUGAACGGCCCAGGUUUUGCCGUAUCCUCAGCCCCUCCCCCUGCUCCUUCCCUGCUCAGGGCAUCUCCUCUGAUUGGCUCCAGCUUUGCCCAUGGAAUGUCCCUCAUUGGCCCAAAUCGUUCCCAGGGCUUGUCUUUGAUUGGCCGUGGUGUUACCCAGGGAACCUCUCUGACUGGCUCAAACAUAACCCCGGUAAUGUCUGUGAUUGGCCCAAACCUUCCAACGAUGAGGCCUGUCGUUGGCUCACAAAACUCCCAGGCAAGGUCUUUGAUUGGCUCCAAUCUCACCCCGGGAUCCUUCACGAUUGGUUCAAAUGUUACGGCGAGAACAGCAGUCACUAGCCCGCAAUUCUCCCUGGCAACGUCUGUGAUUGGCUCAAACCGUGCCCCAGCCGCCUCCGUGAUUGGCUCAAACCGUGCCCCAGUCGUCUCCGUGAUUGGCUCAAACCGUGGCCCAGCCGCCUCUGUGAUUGGCUCCAGCGUCCCGGCGGGGUCGUCUGCCAUUGGCUCCGGUCUCCGCCAGGGCCAGCCCCUCAUCCUGACCCAGGGCCCUGGCGGGACGUUCUUCCUCUCCACCAGCCAGCGGCAUAUCACCGGCUCCUCCCCCAACCAGCCCUUCCUCUUCACCACACAGAGCCUGAUGCCCGUGCAGACCUCGGGGGGGGCCGGCAUGCCCAAGCUGCUGCUCAACCUGCAGACGGGCCAGACCCUACAACCCCUCACCCUGAUACAACAUCAACCCUUGGUCCGGGCCAAGAUAGCCCCGAAGGAGCAAGCCUUCAGCGUCACCUCUCCUCCCAGCUCCCUGGCCCCCACCCUGACCUCCACCGCCGCCCCCGCCGCCCCCGUCUGGCUCACCCCGCCCUCCCCCCAGGCCAGUACCGUCCCGCCCAGCCGCUACACCGCGAAGGUCAUCCCCGCCUCCGUGUCCAUCACCACGGCUACACCCGCCCCCAACAACCCCACCCGGGCCGUCCCCAAGAUUGUGAUCUCCAAGACGUUCAAAGCAGCGAUCCCCACGGAGACAGCGACCUCCGACCCGGCCCACCCGCUCCGGGUUGUGAUGACGGUGUACGAGUUCUACUACGGUGUCUUCUGCGGGGACGGGGCGCUGCAAACCCGUGGGCCCGUCAAACUGACCGCCCCCUUCCACUGCAAGAAAUGCCUCUACACCACCAAGAGAAACAUGGAGAUGAUGAAGCACUACUGGCAGCACACGGACAUGGCCCGCUCCAUGCUUCACGAGGACAUGCGGUGCGACGACUGCUUCAGACUCUUCUCCAGCGCCGCCCUCCUGGAGAUCCACCAGCUGCACGCCCACCUCUCCAAACCCAAGUCCACCGUGUGUCGUAUCUGUGAGUGGGUCUUUGACAACGAGAUGGAGUUUCUGAACCACAUGAAGACCAACCAUAAGCCGGGAGAGAUGCCCUACGUCUGCCAGGUGUGUUCGUAUCGCUCGUCCUUCUACUCUGACGUCCUGCACCACUUCAGGUGCUACCACUCAGGCCGCCGCCAGCUGCUCUGCAUCUUGUGCCUCAAGGUCACCAACAACAUCAAGGGCUUCCAGAACCACAUGGACAAACACAAGCUGAAGGAGUCCCACCCGUGCGCCAAGUGCCGCCUGCAGUUCGUCCUCCCCACGUCCCUGCAGGAGCACAAGCAGCAGCACCACCGCAGCUUCCGCCGCCCCCACCAGCUGAACGGGCUCCCCCCUGGCGCCAUGGUGACCAUCAAGACCGUGGGGAUGAAGCCUAACAGUCUGCCCCUCCCCUCGCGGGGCAAGCUCUCCUCCAGCCACUUCAGAGAGCCCCUCGUCGUCCCGCCCCCACAGCCUCAGCCAAUUGAGAGCAGCCCCCCGGACCCCCCCACACCGCCAGGCCCCGCCCCCACCGGGGCCAAGCUCCAGGACAACAGUGACACCGAGAGUGCGGAGGAGCGUGAUAGGCUGCUGUGUAUGGAGUGCGGCAACACCACCACCGACUUCUCCAGCCACUACCCCGCCUCCGUUUCCUGCCUGCUGUGUCCCUACAGAACCUUCUGCUCCUGCGCCUACGCCUCCCACAUGAUCCAAAACCACGUCUUGGCCAGAGAAAGAGGGAAAAGGCUUCCCCUGCAUCAACGACCUCCACCAUGCUGCUAUGAGCUGGUGUGCACGCAGUGUGGCUUCGUCUCUCUCACCGGGGACAAGAUGGCCAAGCACCUGGGCCUGCACCGCGGCCACGCCUCCAGCACCUGCCGCCCGCACACCACCCCGAAGGAGCCGGACCUCCUGUUGGGCCUCCCGGAGCCCCUCCCGCCCAGCGACCGCCCGGACCCGGGGCCGCUGUCCUGGACCCGGGCCCCGGGCGGCCCCGUGUGCCGGCGGCCCUUGGCCUUCAAGCAGGCCCGCGGCCCCCGCCACACGCUGGCCCAGAACGCCGACGCCAUGGACUACUUCCUGCUGGCCUACCCCGAGCCCCUGCUGGAGCUCAUCGCCAAGGAGACCAACGCGCACGUCAAGACCUGCCGCUACCUGGGCGCGCCCGCCCCCAACUGGACCCCGCUGGGCGUCCCCGAGCUGAAGGCCUUCCUGGGCCUGGUCAUCCUCAUGGGGGUGCACGGUCUGGCCGACCUGGCCCAGUACUGGGACCCCGUCCGGUUCCCCCAGUGCGACCACGUGGACCGCGCCAUGAGCCUGCGGCGCUUCAAGCAGAUCGCGGCCAACGUGCGGCCGGGCAGCCUGCUGGCGGACCGCGUGUGCGGCGGCGGCUGCGGCGACCCCGCGGACGCGCUGGGCGUCCUCCGGCCCAUGCUGAAGCACCUGGGCGAGGCCAUGUGGAAGGUGUACCGGCCCAACUGCCACCUGAGCGUCGACCGCACCCUGCUGCCCGCGCUGGAGGACCGGGACGGCGACCCCCCCGACGGCCAGGCCCCGCCCGAGAUCUGGCUGCUGUGCGACUCCAAGUCGGGCUACUGCCACCGGCUGCACCUGCACACAAGGGGGGGGGGGGAGGCGGCGGAGGAGGGGGGGGAGGCGCUGGGGCUGGCCGUGGUCCCCCGGCUGAUGAGGGGCCUGCACGACAAGAACCACCGGCUGUACCUGGCCAACGCCCUGGCCUCGCCCAAGCUCAUGUGCCAGCUGCUCCUCAAGGGCGUGUACGCCUCCAGCUCCUUCCCCGUCCGCAGCCCCGUGCUGCCGGAGACGCUGUGGCGGGAGGGCGACCUCACCACGCCGGGCCACUUCCUGCAGUGGCGCUGCGGCCCCCUGCUGGCCACGCGCUGGCGGGACGCCAAGGAGAUGGGCUGCCUCUGCACCAACGCCGUGGCGGGCAGCUGCGACACGGUGUGGCGGCGGUCGCAGACGGAGGCCGGCACGCUGGACCCGCUGGCCCGGCCCAUGGCCUUCAAGCUGCUGCAGGAGAACAUGCGCGGCGUGGACAUCUGCAAGCAGCUGCAGGCCUGCAACCCGCUGGGCGGCGUGCCCCGGGACCGCCACUGGCGGAGCCUCUUCUGGCUGCUGCUCAACCUCAGCGUGGCCAACGCCUUCAUCGUGCUGCGCGAGAGCCGCAAGAGGAACCCGCCGUGCUGGGUGGAGGGCGGCCUCUUCUCGCAGCUCAAGUUCCGCCGCCGUCUGGGCACCCAGCUGGCCCGGUGCUACCAGCGGCCGCCGGGCCUGGAGCCCCCCGGCGGCGGCGGGGGGGACGGGGGGGACGAGGAGGAGGCGGAGGGGGACCCGCUGAAGGAGGUGCACCGCAUGGCCAGGAUCAGCUUCCGGACGCGGCGGUGUAAGAACUGCGACCCGAAGCAGGGCCGCCACGAGAGUGUGUACGGCUGCUCGGCCUGCAAGGUCAACCUCUGCACGCAGACCAGCUGCUUCUGGGAGUUCCACGCCCUCGACCCCCCCACCAAAGUCUCCCCCAGCGUUGGAUUCACCCGAGACAAAAUAAGCGGCGCCAUCGAGAUAGAAGGCCAGGUCGUCCAGAGGACCGCGGCGACGCCCCGCGAGGACCGCCCCGACGUCCCCGAGGACCGAGAGGAAGAGGAGGGCGACGAAGACGAGGCCGCCGACGAAGACGAAGACGAAGGAGCAGUGACGGAGGAAGAGGCAGACCCGCUCCGCUACACCUUCAGACCGGAAGACGAGGAGAUGGAGUACCUGGCGGGUGAGGCCGACGACGACGACGACGAAGCAGCGACGGAGGAAAAGGCUGACCCGCUCCGCUACACCUUCAGACCGGAAGACGAGGAGGAGGAGUUCCUGGCGGGUGCGGCCGACGACGAAGAAGCAGUGACGGAGGAAAAGGCUGACCCUCUCCGCUACACCUUCAGACCGGAAGACGAGGAGAUGGAGUACCUGGCAGCUGAGGCAGCGACGCCUCACCAGCCGAAGAGAGAAGAAGAAGAAGAGGCAGUGGCGGCCGCAGCGAGCGCCGGGGCCUCCGGGCCUGCAGGGGGCGCCGGGCAGCUGGUCCCACGGUCAGCUGAGGCCGAGAGAGUAAAAGAAGAAGCACCGGUGGCCGCGGCGCGCCGGACGCCGUCCGUAGGGAGCCGGGCGGCGGCCGUAGCGCGCCGGGUGGCGGCCGCGGCGAGCGCCGAGACCUCCAGGCCUGCAGGGGGCGCCGCGGCGGCGGCGGCCGGGCUGGGCGCGCGGCAGCUGCGCGUCUGCCUGGUGGCGCUGUGCUCCGGCCUGCAGCACGCGGCCUGCGAGUUCGUGGUGGAGCUGGCGCAGGUCCAGGCGUGGGUGGAGCAGGCUCGGCGGCGUUGGGGCGGGGCGUCGGCGGGCGUGGGGGCGGAGCCCGGCGAGGACCACAUGCUGGAGUGGGUGUGGUUCAUGCGGGAGCAGCAGCUGCCCGUCACGGAGGGCGGGCUCUUCAAGCACGCCGCCACGCUGAAGAACAACGGCGUGUUCGCCGACGCCUUCCGCAUCUCGUACAACUGGGCGGUGGGCCUGAUGCUGCGGCACGGCCUGGGCCCGCCGGCGCCCGGCCACGCCCCCCUCCCGCCGCUGCCCGCCCUCAUGGCGGCCGGCGUGCGCAGCUUCACCGAGUUCACCCGCCGGCAGGUGACCUUCAACCAGAUCGCGCCGAGCGCGGUGGCGGGCGUGACGCGCCUCAGCGUGUUCCUGGACCGCGGGCUGAUGGCGAGGGGCUCGCCGCCCGCGCUCCGGAGCCACGCCCUGCGGCUGAGCGGCACGGGCACGCCCCUGCUGACCGUCUACCUGACGGCGCUGGCCGACGGCACGCUGCUGCCCGCCCUGGUGCUGCUCUGGGACCCCACCCGGCUGGGGGGCCCCCUGGACGACGCCUCGGACCCCCCCUCCUCGUUCCUGGUGGAGACGGACCCCCACGGCUUCACCUCGGCCGAGGGCCUGGAGGUGUGGGUGAAGCGCGUGUGGCGGCCCCACGCCUCGGCCCCCCCGGCGGCGGGGGGCGGGGGGCGGGGGCAACACCACCGCAAGCGCCUGCUGGUGCUGGACCGCCACCGCGACCACGUGGCCGAGGCCUUCCUGGAGGCGCUGGGCCGCACGCGCACGCUGCCCGCCAUGAUCCCGUCGGGCUGCGGCCUGCGGCUGCAGCCGCUGCGGGUGGCGGCGCUGCCCGUGCUGCAGCGCCUCCUGGUGGCGCGCUGGCGGAGGCUCAGCGCCGGGCCCCAGGCGGCGGAGCACGCAGGCGCAGCGCGCCAGCGGCUGAGCGGCUGGCUGCAGGACGCCCUGAACGUCCUCCGGGACCGGCCCUCGCUGAUCAGGGCCUCGUUCCGCCUCACGGGCCUGUCUAGUUAA